AGUUAAACACAACCGGCCUUAUUCCGUAGUAAUGGGACAUGUAGAACAGUAGAAGUAAAGGGCUGAAAAUAGUAUUCGUUGCGGUCGUUAUUUCCACAGAAACUUACUCUCACGAAUUCACAAUUCAAAAGAAAGAAGAGUGAAGAACACAGUUUGUUUAUGUGAGAGGGGUAGCAAUUAGCAAUUUAGCAUAGCAUGGCUUGUUCAUUAUCAUUUUUAAGUCCAAGUAAUCUUCGGCCUCGAUUUCCCCAAUUCCGGCAAUCACCUCCCUCUUCCUCUUUCUUCAGUUCCCGUUCCCGCCUUUCGAUUCAAGCUAGUUCAGCAAUUGCCCUUGACUUACCGGAAACAACUUCAAAAACCUCUGCUGUACAAAAAGAUUUAUUGGCUUGUCCAAUAUGUUAUGAACCUUUGAUAAGGAGAGGUCCCCCAGGCCUGAACUUGGAAGCAAUUUAUAGGUCUGGCUUUAAAUGUAAAACUUGCAACAAGUCAUACUCAAGUAAAAACAUUUACUUGGAUCUUACAGUGACUGCAGGCUCAGAGGAGUAUGCAGAAAUUAAACCCACCAGCACGGAACUAUUCCGGAGUCCAUUUGUGUCUUUCCUGUAUGAACGGGGAUGGCGCCAGAAUUUUAACCGAAGUGGUUUUCCAGGUCCAGAGGAAGAGUUUAAAAUGGCUCAGGAGUACUUUAAACCCGUCGAAGGUGGCCUACUAGUUGAUGUUAGCUGUGGAAGUGGGCUGUUCUCUCGAAAAUUUGCUAAGUGUGGCACCUAUUCUGGAGUGAUUGCUCUUGACUUCUCUGAAAAUAUGCUUCGCCAAUGUUAUGAUUUCACUAAGAAGGAGGAUCCCACUUUAUCUAACAAUCUUGCUCUUGUGAGGGCAGAUGUUGCUAGGCUACCAUUUCCACCAGCUUCAAUUGAUGCCAUUCAUGCUGGCGCUGCCUUACAUUGCUGGCCAUCUCCUUCAAAUGCUAUUGCUGACAUUGCCCGUACAUUGCGGAGUGGAGGGAUCUUUGUGGGAACUACUUUUCUCAGAUACACAUCUUCAACAUCUCCACUAAUAAGGCCUCUUAGAGAGAGGAUUGCUCAGCCCUACAGCUACCUAAUAGAGGAGGAAAUUGAGGAUUUAUGUAAAUCUUGUGGCCUUGUUGACUACUCAAGCAAGGUUCAACAAUCAUUUAUUAUGUUCUCUGCACGGAAACCCUGAGAUUUUUGUCAUUCUUGAACUCAACGGAACAGCAUUGUAUGGCAGUGAGCAUGGAGUGAUGCAGAAAAGCUCUUUCAUUAAGUCAUUACAUCGACAUAGUGAUAUGCUGAUGCUAGUAUAUAAUAAUCAAUUCCUGUCAAAAUAUUGAGAAAUGUAUAUAAUAAUCAUUAUCAAAUUACCCAA